CACAACAUUUUCUGGUAAAGGUUUUGGCUGGGACAUGAACAAGAAAGUGAAACAGUACAAAUGAGAUACUAUAGUAGCCCUUUGUAAAAGAGAAAUGAAAACCACAGUUAAGGAGAAGUUGAAGCAGCGAGAAGAGAGAACAGGAAGGUGGCUUUACAACAGUCAAAGGAAAGCCGGUGUGAAGAGGAAACUGUAAUAUCCAGGCUCCGGUUGGGCCACACAGGGUUAAACAGCACAUUAUGUAAAAUAGGAAAGCAUCACACAGGAAGAUGCUCAUUCUGGGACCAAGAAGAAACUGUGGGACAUGUUGUGAUUUACUGUCCAAAAUAUGACGCCGAGAGAAGAGAGCUGACCCUGAAGCUUAGAGAAAUAAAGACCAGGUUUGAUCUACGAGAUCUUUCACAAACAAGUUCUGGAGAGAAGUGUUAUCUGCUGUUGCUUCAGUAUCUGAGGAGAACACGUCUCAGUUUAUUGUCUUUAUUUAAUCAUUAGUGAAGGGACAGCUAGAGUCCCGAUCCACACUCCAGUCCAGCUGGUGGCGGUAACGCACCAUAACGUUGGAAAGAAAAGGAAGAAGAGUAACUCAAGUGAAUCCGGUCAGACGGUGAAGAAAGAGGAGAAGUAUCUUGUCGGGAUGGUCGCUGUGACACACACAGACGGCAUCUUCAAGAAUCCACAUGAGGUCUGAAAGUCUGUAGGAGGAAAGCUCGGAGAUGUCAGAUCUGUCAGGAUAACAGGAAGUGGGAUGGUUCUCACUGACUGCCUGUCAAAGCGUCAGAGAGACACAGCUCUGAAGAUUCAUGCGUUUAGAGAUCACAGCGGUGUGGACUGCUUCCUCCUCGGAGCAGAAGUGAAGAAGAAGGGGAGUAAUAAAGUCAGAUAAACAUGCAUUAGAUAAAGCAGACGGUGGAGGCCGAGUCAUGUCGGGAGGCUGAAGGUGUGUGUGAGGCAAGAAGGCUGACAAGAUUCAGAAACGGGGAGGAGGAGGAGAGUAGCUCGGUGUGUUUGACGUUUGAGGAGGAGUUACCAGAGAGAGUGGAUCUAGAUCAUGUGUGUUACAGGGUGAGGGAGCUCCUCUCAGGUGUUUCUGCUGUCAGGAAUAUGGACGAGUUGCUGCAGGAUGAAGAGGAGGCAGGAGGUGUGGGAAGGAUAACUGGAGAAAGAGCAAGCAAAGUGUCUGCACUGCGAAGGGAAACCACCAUACGGGAUCAGCACAGAGCCCAGAGAGAAUUAAGGAAGUAAAAAUGAAUGAGAUCAGAGCAGAAAGGGGAUUGUCAUACGCUGAAGCUGCUAAGAGAAUGGAGAGAAACGGUGAAAUGGUGCAAAAGGAAAAGGAGCAGAAAGGAAAUGGAGAUGAGCGGAACAUCAGUAUGGACAAGAAGCGAUUUCUGGCAUUUCUUGCCACGGUUAUAAACUGUGCUGCUGGAAUAAAGGGGGAGUCGGAAAGGAUUAAGAUGGCGCUGGACGCUGCAAGGAGGUUCCUGAAUGCUGUGGACACAUCUGGAGAGGAUCCAGAUGUUACACUGAGGGAAGGAGCUGCACCGGCUCAGACACUUGGGUCUGGGUUAGAGACUGGACUAUGGCAUGGGAGCACUUUAGGUGGACACUGUAAAUAGUUUAAACUGUGAAGCUGUUAAAAUCCAGUAGGUGGCGGUAAUGAACAAUUAGGGACGCCGAGCGCCAUAAAACUCAACAGAAGAAGAAGAAGAAGAAGAAGAAGAAGAAGAAGAAGAAGAAGAAGAAUGAACCAUGAACAUGUAGAUCAGCUGUCCGUCUGUUGAACUGAUAAUGAAGUUCAGACAUAAAGCUGCUCGCUCGCCUUCAAACACGGAGAAGAUGACCUGCAGCAUCCUGCUGCUCAUCACCCUGACCUCCUGCGUCUGUGGUUCGUUUCCACCUGCAGGAACAUUUGUAGUGAAUGUGACACAGAGCUCCUAUCAGGCAGAGGAGAACGAGGACAUCACACUGGAAUGGACGUUCACAACCAAACCUGAUAGUUCAAACUCCCUUAAUAUCUUCUGUGACCUGAUUACUGAUCACAAGGUCUCAGUCCUGUAUCAUCUGCAUGAAGGUGUUGAGGUCCCAGAGUCUCAGGAUGGACAGUUUGCAGGACGAGUCCAGUGUGACAGAGACGUCCUCAGAGAAGGACGACUCAGACUUCAUGUGUCCAGACUCAGGACUGAGGACUCGGGCCUGUACCUGUGUGACGUGAACACAAAUUAUGGUGGCCGUGUUGGUAAAAGCAGACUCAAUGUCACUGAUGUGUUUGGUCUCUUUACAGCAGCGAGGGAUCGGCCCGAACCUGAGAGACCAAACACAGGAAGUCGGGGAAUGAUCGUCCUCUACUGUGCACUGGGACUGACAGCAGCAGCAGCAGCAGCAGCUGUGCUGGGUGUUUGUUACUGUUUAUUCAGACGCUUUCAACCUGGUGAACAAAGUCCACCCAGUCAGUCUCAGCCUGGUGAACAGAAGAUUGCUGCUCAGUCCAGUGAUGGAUCUGAGCAAAGUUACACAUCAGCAGAUGGCUCAGAGGAAACAGUUUGAUCAACAAUGUAAACGAGACAAGACUGUUAGAAUUCAACUUUAUACCACGGACACAGAAAAUACCAGUUUCCCAUUGGCUGGCAGGUAAUAAAACUGUCCAUCAGAGCACAUCAAACAUACCAGCAGGUAACCAUAGCAACAACUUUGAUGCUU